GUAAUCCAAUCAUCCUGCACUACUGCGUCUCACACUUAGUCUCCAGGAGUAAUUGGAAAGCUCACAGUGACAACUGUCUGUUCUUCCAGAUGUCGUCGAUAUAAGGAGUGGGGCUUUCAUCACCUCCUUGACCUAGGAUGUGUACAUGGCUCUCCGGAUCAGCGUUGCUCCCAGCAAGGUUGUUCUGCAGAAUCUCCUCGUGUGUGUCAUCUUGUUCUACACUGUGUACUACGUGUCUCUGAGCAUCAGCUGCAUGAUGUUCAAGGUGUCUGAAUUGGAUGUCCUGGCACCAUUUGAUUUCAGAACAAAUCCCUCCUGGCUCAAUGCAAAUUAUAAAGUUCUUUUAGUCUCAACAGAGGUCACCUACUUUGUUUGUGGAUUGCUUUUUGUUCUGGUUGUGGAAGAAUGGGUUUGGGAUUAUGCCAUUUCAGUAACUAUUCUCCAUGUUGCCAUCACUUCAACUGUUAUGCUGGAAUUCCCCUUGACAUCGCAUUGGUGGGCUGCUUUAGGUAUAACAGGAUUGUUACAGUUUAGAUUCUCUAAUGCACAAAAAUAAUGUUAAUAGAAUAGCUUUUAGAAAUAGAUUUUAUCUCAGACAGAUUUUA